GGCUAAGGCACAACUCAUACAAACUCACAAACAUCUGUACGAACAGAUCAUUUGUCUGAUCUACUCAUCUUCUCACCUACCCAUCUCAUUUAUUUUACUCCGGCGACUCCCAGAUUACGUGUUUUUAUUUUAUUCCAGGUGUUUUGAUAGGUUGUGAGGUGAUGAGAAGUGCUGAGUUUUGGCCGGGAGAGAUGAAGCCCGUUAAGGCUGAGAGAGAGGAAUUGGUGGAUGAUCAGUAUGGGCAUCUUCAUAAGCGAUCUAAGUUUAGUUCAUCUCCCACGCAACAGCAGUAUGAAUCAGGAAGUAAUGCUGCUUUUCCAGUGGCUCCGUCGCAAUAUAAUCCACUAGACGAGCCUAGUCCGUUAGGGUUGAGGCUUAGAAAGAGCCCGUCUCUUUUGGAGUUGAUUCAGAUGAGGCUUUCUCAAGGUAAUACUGCCAAGGUUGGGGCUACUGUUAAGAAAGAGCAAACAAGUGGUGUUGGUUUUGUUGCUGCUGCUGCUGCUUCUAGUAGCAAUGAUAAGCUCAAGGCUUCAAAUUUCCCUGGUACACUUCUGAAAAUUGGGAAAUGGGAGUAUAAGUCAAGACAUGAAGGAGACUUGGUGGCUAAGUGUUACUUUGCAAAGCAUAAACUUGUUUGGGAAGUUCUCGAUGGAGGUCUUAAGAAUAAGAUUGAGAUUCAGUGGUCUGACAUUUUGGCAUUGAAAGCAACUUAUGCUGAUGAGGAACCUGGGACUUUGGAAUUAGCGCUAUCAAGGCAGCCUCUAUUCUUUAGAGAGACAAACCCACAGCCUAGGAAGCAUACUUUGUGGCAGGCAACAUCAGAUUUCACAAAUGAGCAAGCAAGCAUUAACAGGAGGCAUUACUUGGAGUGUCCACCUGGAUUGUUGGGAAAGCAUUUUGAGAAGCUCAUUCAGUGUGAUCCUCGUCUGAAUUAUCUGAGUCAGCAAGCUGAAAUUACUCUGGAAUCUCCAUAUUUCGAGCCUAGGGUGUUUGAUGAAUUGGAUGAAGGCAAUAGCAAGUAUGGUAGGAAUAUAGAUGGUCGGCCUGCCAUUUUUAACUUGCAGGAUGUGCCAUCGCCUUCUGGUCCUCAAUCUUCGUCCUCAAAGAAUGAAUUAUACGAUUUCCUUGGAAUUCAGUCGAAGGACUUCCGUCGAGAAACACCUUCUCCAAGCUCUGCACUGGAAUAUGGUAAGAAUGAAGAAGCUAGUGGAACUUGGGAGCUGAAAAAUCUCAGUUGUUGGGCAAACAUUAAAGUUCCUGGAAUUCACCCUUCAAUGUCGAUGAGUGAUUUAGUGAGCCACAUUGAAAAUAGGUUUACUGAGAACAGAUCAUCAAACAAUCCUCUGUCCAAUGAUGAACGCGAAGGUUUAGAGAUUUUGGAUGAGAUAAGCAAGUGUCUGUUUACAGACUCUCAACAUGCACCAACAUCUGAUGAGAAGUCCAUCAUGACAAGAGUUAAUUCUCUAUACAACCUUUUGCAAAAAGAUAAUGGGACAGAGAAAGAUUGCAAUUUUAGAAGUGACUAUAGCAAUGAUAUGUUUAUGAUGGAUAACAAGACAAGACGCGAGGUGGACUGCUCUGCACCAGAGAUUACUAACGAGGUCGCCGAGUAUUCAGCACUACAUGGGGAAUCAGCUGAUAUAUCUGACAAGACACAAGGACCAAGCAUGUCCAGGAAGGAUUCGGUUGGCGAGCUUCUUCUUAACCUUCCGAGAAUAGCAUCUUUGCCCCAUUUCUUCUGCAACACCUGAAGAUUUCGGCAAUCAAGCCAGAUAGUGUCUGCCUGCCUAGAUGUUUGAAGUUAUAGCUGCACAAAGUCGUGUAAAUAAGUGACAUUCACUUAUUUACAACACAUAUUAUAGUAUCUUUAGUCUACUUAAUGGAUCAUAUACAUAUAGUAGGUUCCUUUCUAGAUAUAAUGUGGAUUGGGGAUUCCGAAAUACAGAUUGAUGACGAAUUCCCUUAUGUCUAUGCCUGCUUUAAUUGUGUCGUAAAGUUUGGUUCUCUGUCUUACUAUUUACUGGUGAUACAGUCGUAUUCUAAAAGAUGUUUCUUCUAUAUUAAUCCCUUCUUUACCUGGUCA